GGGGGGCAAGGCAGCCGGGUGUGUAAACAAGUAAAACGAGAUGGACAAGGAAGCUCUGCAGUGAGCCUGCGGCCCUGCACCCCCUCCACUUGCUGCCUGAGCCUGGCGAGAGCCUGGGAACGGGGAGGCUGGUGGGACACGGUGACGUCCCAGCCCCCCAGACACCUCCCAGGUCCUGAGUGGAAACCCUGGGUGCAGGAUAACAUUGCAGAUGCCGGGCACCGCAAGGCAUGACCGAGAGAUGGCAAUCCAGGCCAAAAGGAAUCUGUCCAAAACCACUGACCCCGUAGAAAGACUUCGCCUGCAGUGUUUAGCAAGGGGAUCUGCAGGCAUCAAAGGACUUGGCAAAGUGUUUAGGAUUAUGGAUGAUGACAACAGCAGGACCCUUGAUUUCAAAGAGUUUGUGAAAGGAUUAAAUGAUUAUGCUGUGAUGAUAGACAAGGAAGAAGCACAAGAGAUUUUCCGGAUAUUUGAUAAAGAUGGCAGUGGAACAAUUGAUUUUGAUGAAUUUCUUGUUACACUGAGACCUCCCAUGUCAAAUGCAAGAAAAGAGAUCAUCAUGCAGGCAUUUAGGAAGUUAGAUAAGACUGGAGAUGGUGUCAUAACAAUUGAAGACUUACGGGGGGUGUAUAAUGCAAAGCAUCAUCCCAAAUACCAGAAUGGAGACUGGACAGAAGAUCAAGUUUUUAGGGCCUUUCUGGAUAAUUUUGAUUCACCCUAUGACAAAGAUGGAAAGGUCACAACAGAAGAAUUCAUGAACUACUAUGCAGGAGUGAGCGCUUCAAUAGACACAGAUGUCUAUUUUAUCGUCAUGAUGAAGAACGCUUGGAAACUAUGAUCAUAUGAUUAAAGGAGCAAGACUUUACUUCCCCCUUUUGUUACAAAAGAUGAAUUUUUGAACUACUAUUCUGGAGUUAGUGCUUCUGUGGACAGUGAUGCCUACUUCAUUUUAAUGAUGAAGAAAUCCUGGAAACUCUGACUUUUGCUUCCAUUAGCCCCAACUUUUUUGGGACCAGAGACCAUAAAGAAGAGAAACACUGUUUAGUUCGUUGCGGGUUUGAGUUUUUGUCACCCGUUCCCAUCUGAUCACCGUUCUCAGAGCUGAAUGGUUUGAUGACAACAAGGAGUGUGCCAAUGUUGGACUCUGACAUGGAGCUUCAUUCAGCAGGUGGCGCUUGAAAGCCGAGGAGCACCCCGCCUUACCGAACUGUAGAGCUGCGGGGUGGGAAAGGGAACGGGAGAGUCGGUACAAAUUCACAAUUGCGUUUCCUGGCAUCAUUAGGGUUUUCUUGUGUGUCUGUACAUUAGCUUUUGUUUUGCCAAUGUCCUGUUACACACGGGAGUGCUAAUUUGGAAGGCUUCAUUAUGACAGUAAUAAGGAACUCUUUGACCCUAAAAUAAUUUCUCACAGAGAUGAUAAACCUCCUUUAUGUUACUUUUCAGCUUAUUUUAAAGGAUAGCUUCAGAAAACCACAACCAAACAGAUAACUAGCUGGAGCAAGAAGCAUAUUGACUAAAAGCCUGCUGAUGUUCCCCCCCCCCCAGGGCUGCAGCACUGUGAUAUUGGUGUGUAAAUACAGGAGUUUGAAUCAAUAAACACUUUUGUUAAGAAACCUGGAA